AUGCGUAAUUACGCAAAGUUCAUGAAUGAUAUGUUCUCAAAGAAGAGCAGACUAGGGGAAUUUGAAACUGUUGCUCUCACUGAAGAGUGCAUAGCAAUGUUGAUGAACAAAUUGCCACUAAAACUGAAGGAGCCGGGGAGUUUUACUAUUCUUUGCUCAAUUGAAAAUCAUUAUGUAAGCAAAUCAUUAUGUGAUUUAGGUGAAAGUAUAAAUUUAAUACCUAUAUCCAUUUUAAAGAAAUUGGAAAUUGGAAAGACGAGACCUACGACUAUCAUGCUGCAGUUAGUUGAUUGUUCUUAUGCACAUGCGGAAGAUACAGAUGAAUAUUGUUAUGCCAUUGGGAUUAUUGACACAAUAGUGAAGGAAGAAUUGGUAGAAUUUUGUUACAACAAUUGUGAUAAUGAAACAGACUCAGUUGAGUUAAAUGAAGAGGAGGUGAUUGAAGAACUUAGUGGACUAAUGGAGGCUAAGCAAAUGGAAAAUGGAGCAAGGAGGAGUUUUAAAUCUUUAAAUUUUUUAGAGCGUUCUUUUAAACCUCCUCGACCCUCUAUAAAGGACCCUCCUACUUUGGAGCUGAAGCCUUUGCCAUUACAUUUGAAGUACGUCUACUUGGGAGACAACAACAUGUUUCUAGUAGUUAUCUUUGUAAAAUUAAAAUCUGAUUAA